AAUCGACGAGGCAGUGGUGAAUUUCAUUUGUUAAUGUAUAUUCAUUCAUUCAUUCAUUCAUUCAUUUAUUUAUACCACUCUGUAAAUUCGUAUAUUGCUUUAACCAUUUUCAUAUAUUAUGGGCACACUACCAUUAACACUGUUUAUUGAAAAUCUGCAUUUUUUGUAAUUGUUGUUUCGAAACUUUAGAUGUUUGAAACUUUGUUGUUUAACGCCGCACUUAGGAAUAUUUUCAAUUAGAUGGUGGAAAUGUCCUGUGAAAUUUAAUAUCAAUACGGUGAAUGUGAUGUGAACUUUCUGACAAACAUCAGGCUACGUCUUUAAUGUCGCUGUUAUCUUGUAAUCUCUUAAAUAUUGUCAGUUGAAAGAAAUGAAACAGACUCGAUUAUUUACAUACCGCCGUUAUAUUGCUGGAAAAUUGCUGAGUGCGGCGUAAACAACAAACAAACCAACUUUAUGUAUUUGGAUCUCUCACUCUGACAAGUAAUGUAUAAUCUAAUUUAUACAACACACGUGUUGCAAAAACUGAUUUCAUUACUCCAAAGUAUUUUAGUAAAGUAAUGCGCGUCCUGAUUGGUCAGUCGUAUAUAUCCAUCCACACAUACCAUUGGUUGCUGGUGGUAUAUUAGUGCAGUUACCUUAAGGCGAGCAGUGACGACUGCAGAGAGCUUGCUGACCUUCCAUCGGUAAAUGUUGUUCCGUCAAUAGUGGAUGACAAUGCCACGGGAUAGAGGAAGGAGUGUAAAGCAGUUCCAUAAUCUGAUAAGGACUGGAGACAAGUACCUGGUGGCGAAGCACGUAACAGUAAACGCGAUCAAACCCAAGAAUUACUACAGGAGUGUCAAAAGCACCUAUCGGAACUGUCUCCUCCGUGCUGUCGGCGAAGCUGCUUACCGGGGACACGUGGACGUGGUGAGAUACCUCAUUUCCGAGGGUUUUGAUAGAAAUGAACAUAGUUGUCACGAAGGAUUUUCGGAAUGCAGCCCUAUUCACCUUGCAUGCGAAAUGGGACAUGUCGCCGUUGUCAAAGUCCUUGUGGAGGAGUAUGGCGUUGAUGUUAACAGGGAGGCACACUUUUCCCCGCUACACUGGACGGCAAGGAGUCGUAGGUUUGGAACCGGGGCUCAGCUUCUGGUGAAUGUUGCUAGGUAUUUGGUGCAGGCUGGGGCCCAUGGUGAUACAAGGGAAGAGGAUGUCAUAUUCAGGGCUGCAGCUGAUAGCAAAUGUCCCGAAAUCUUGGACUUCCUUGUUGCAUAUAACCCGGAUGCUUACAUCAAUCCAGCGUAUGACUACACACCCCUUCACACAGCUGCACGUGGAGGGUUCACGAGCACUGCACGUGCUUUGCUCGAAGCUGGCGCCGACGUUAAUGAGAUCAGCUACGACCGCGAAACACCGUUCAUAGAAGGCAUACUCUCAGGUGAGACAGACAUGCUGAAACUGUUGACAUCCUAUGGGGCAGACCCUGAGAUAGCUGAGAGUUUUGGAAACACCCCUCUUCACCAAGCAAUUUGGUACCACCUCUACAACGUCGCUCAUUACUUAAUAGUCGACGUCAACGUCACUGUACACAAAACUGACAGCUCUGGGCGAACUCCAUUUGCAGUUUUGAUCAGGAAUGACGGUCCUAAAGAUGAGGCAACCAUCGCUCUAGCUGAACUUCUUGUAGCGUCAGGCCAUAAUCCCGUCGAGGCUCUGUCUCCAUGCAUGGACGACGUCAGUGACGUCCCCUGGUCUGACAUGAUCAAUCGGUUCAAGGUCAUCGCGACGAAUCCACGUACGCUGAAGGACGUGUGUGUGAAGAAUAUCAGACGACGUCUAGGUGGGAAGAUUACGGGUGUGGAAUCGUUUGGCGUUCCACAGAUUGUGAAAGACGCGAUCACACUUCGUGAUAAGAACUGGUAUGCCCUGUGUAACUCUUGUACUAAGGUGGAAGUUUGAGGUAUAAUAUAUAUUUUUACAUUUA